AUAAGUAAUUUAUUUUUAUAUAAGGCUAAAAUGGAUUCUGUGGACUCCACUGAUGCCAAUCGCGACGAUUUAAUUUUAAAGCAGCAACGCGAAAUCGAAAAGGAGAUUAUAGACUCGACUCCCUUGGUGAGUGAGCAAAUGCCAGUUACUUGCUUGACUUCAGAAUAUAACGGAGAUGCGGUGUUUACCGCAAAAAUACAGGAUUUAUCAGGAAAAUAUAAGUUCAUACGACGCACGCGCCCAGAUGGCAAUUGCUUCUUCAGAGCUUUUGCAUAUGCGUAUUUGGAGUAUCUAGUCACACAUAGCGCUGCCUAUGAAUCGUUUUUUAAAUUGGCCGAGGCUUCCAAGGACAAGUUGAUAACGCUGGGCUUUCCCAGCUUUACUCUAGAGGACUUUCAUGGAACUUUCAUGGAUGUUGUAAGACGCGUGAGUCCAAGCAAUACCGGUGGCAGUGAUAAGGUUAAAAAUGAUUUGCAUGUAGUGUUCAAUGAGCAGGGCUAUUCCGAUUAUGUUAUUGUGUAUUUGCGACUGAUAACCUCAGGUAAACUUCAAGAGGAUGCCGAGUUUUAUCAACAUUUUAUUGAAGGUGAUCUCUCCAUUGAGGAUUUCCGUCACCAAGAAGUUGAGCCCAUGUUUAAGGAAUCCGAUCAUAUACAUAUCAUAGCCUUAUGUGCCGCCUUAGGUGUGGGAGUGCGCGUGGAGUAUCUGGACAGAGGCGAAGGUACAGUGAAUGCGCACGACUUUCCGGAGGGCGCCGAUCCUAUGGUUUAUCUUAUUUACAGACCCGGACAUUAUGAUAUACUGUAUCCCAAGUGAAAUUUCAAAUUAUGCUUGCGAA